UGAUGGGGAUGGGAUGUCGCAUUUUGUCAUUUUGUCUUAAACACUUAUCCUCCACUUCAACCUUCGCCGUAAUGCCCCGAAUGACUGGCCUGACCCCGUGAGCUGCCAUAUCAAACACCCUUCGAGCCAUCGACUCUUGCUUCAUAUCGUGAUAACUCCAAAUACCAAUUACCCAUUUCCUCCUUUGUCGCCGUCGGACCCGGUACGAUGAGAUGACAAGCUUUAAUUCCAUGCAGGCGCUGUCGUCUGGCGUCACUCCGGCAAUCGAUGCCCUGGGACUGAAUGGGGGCGGCCAAUCCCUGGGCAUCGACGAUUUCGAUCAAGACCUCAAUUUUGAUGAGUCCAUCCUCGAUGGCGUUAAUGGUGGCGCACUGCCGCCCAUGCCCUUUACCAACUCGUACGAAUUCGACACCUACUCGACAACCUUCGAAGACCCCUUCUCGUACCCGGGCGUGCGUCCUUACGAUGGAGUCACGGCCGACGUCGAGAACCUGCACGGCGACGAGCCGUCGCCGCACGAGCUGGACAACAAGCUCCUGGGCUUCAGCGCGCCCAUAAUGAAGGCGGCUCUGGUUGGCGACGGGGGCUCCGCGGGGGGUGCUGGCCAGUUCGCCGAGCUGGGCAUGAGCGCCGAGCUGUACGGCAUGUUCUUCGUGGCCGAGGACGUCUUCGGCAGCGACAGCAACCCGGCCAGGCCGCUCGAGCUGACCUGCUACCGCCGCAACCUAUGGCAGUGCUCGGGCCAGAUCACCCUGCCGCGUCAUCUGUCGGCCGUCGUCGACGAGCAGGGCCGCCGCUUGCCCGUCUUCGACCUCGCCGCCUCCAUCACCGCCAUCGAGUCGAUCGAGGGCAAGCCCACCGAGAUCAUCAGCAUCCCGUGGAAGAGCGGCGGCGGUGCGGCCAGCUCUGCGGGUCCCGGGGCCGGGGAUGAGGCGACCAAGGUGGCGAGCGCGCCGCCGACGCUGGCGCUCGACCUGGCGGGCGGGCAGGACGUGGACGGGAGCAGCGUGAGCGUGCCCGUGUCGUGGAAGCGGCUGCAGUUCAAGCACGCGACUGCCAACAACGGGAGGCGCAAGGGCCUGCAGCAGCACUACGUCGUGCAGAUCAACCUGCUCGCCCGGACAAAGUCGGGCGACCAGGUCAAGAUCGCCGAGAUCCAGUCCGGCCCCGUCAUCGUGCGCGGACGCAGCCCGCGCAACUUCGACAGCCGCAAGGACGUGCCGCUGACGGGCGGUGCCGGCGGCGGCGACAAGAGGCUCGAGCGUAGGGGCACCGAUCCAUCGACUUCGUCGGUUGCGUCUCUUGGCCACGGUGGUGGAGGGGGCGGCGGCAGCAUCAAGGGCGAGAAGGGGGAUCUUGCCCAGAACAUGCAACGCUAUCACUCGCUGGGGAAUAUACAGGUAUGUUGUCUCUUUCUCCCCCACCAGAGAGUAUCGUGGCGAUACCUACUUACACCAAGCGAAAAGCCCCUCCCGCAGUCCAGCGACUGGCCAACUCCCCAAAUCGCCUUCCACCACCAGAGCCCGCACCCGUCCAAGAAACUAGCCCUCUCGCCGAACCCGUCCCGACCGCCCGUCCCGCCCUGGUCACCCGACACGUCCCUCUCCUCCCCUUCAAUGCAGGGCCCCCACCACCAGUACUUCCAUUCCCAACAGCAACAACAAUCACAGCAGCAGCAGCACACCACGACACAGACCCUAACCAAGGGCUCCCGGUCAUCGGCCACGUCGACGCUGCUGCCCAUCAACCUGUCGCUGUCCGAGGACGAUCGCAGCAGCCCCAACCGCUCCGGGUCCUCCGUGUCGGACUCCAUCCAGAGCCCGCACUUCUCGAUGCUGGGAGCCGGGGCGGGGGCGGGGACGGGUGCUGGGGUAGGGGCAGGAGCAGGGGCAGGGGCAGGGGCAGGAACUUCUUCCUCGGCGGCUGCGGCGGCGGCGCAGGCUCAGGCGGCGGGUCAGACCGGGCAAGGGCCGGGCGGGUGCGCGGCCGAGUCGGAGGAUCUUCUGUAUGAGUACUUCCCGCUGAGCCUGGAUGAUUGGUUAGUAUUGUCUCUUCUUCUUUCUCUUUUGCUCCCCCCCCGGAUAUCAUCUACCUAUCUUUGUAUAGCGUGUCUCCUUUUCUCUUUUGCUAAUUGUCACAACUCUCUCCAAAACAGGGUCCUUCCAGUCGACGCCAUCUACCGGCCCCACGUCGUCCACCACACCAUCAUACCGCCCGAGGUGCGGGCCCAGCAGACGCGGAACAGGACAAAACGCUACUUUGCGGCAGAAUGAAGGAGGAGCAAAUUCGUGGUUUUGUUUAUGAUUUGUCUUAUUUCCUUUUCUGGGGGGAGGUCUAUGGGAAGUCGUGACGACGCUAAUGACAU